AUGGCAACUCAGCAAACUGCCAAGACACAAUAUGUCAAGUCACCCAACGGCACGACAUUUGCAUAUCGCCAAAUCGGCGAUGCGAUCGGUAUACCUCUAGUGCUAUUGACCCAUUUCCGAGGUACAAUGGAUAAAUGGGAUCCCCUUAUUGUUAACACCCUGACCAAAAACCGUCGCAUUAUUACAGUCGAUUAUGCUGGCGUUGGUCUCAGCACCGGCGACGUCGCUACUUCAAUUCGACAGUCCGCCGCCGAUAUAACAAACUUCGUCGAAAUGAUCGGUGAAAAAGAGAUUGAUCUUCUUGGGUUCAGCAUUGGGGGCUAUGUCGCUCAGAUGGCAGCUCUCAACGCGGAUCCUAACAAAGUCAAAAUUCGCAAGUUGAUCCUUGCUGGCACAGGCACAAGCUACGGACCUGAGCUUGUUUACUCCCAGAACAAAGACGUUGGCUCUGUUGCAGGUGUCAAAGAUGUAGACAUCAAUGUCUUCAAGACACUCUUCUUUCCCAAGAACCCUAAGGGCCAUGCUGCUGCUGAGGCUUGGUGGUCGAGGAUUCAUGAGCGGAGUGCAGAGACGAGUGGUGAAGAGGCGUCCCUCUGGCUAAGCAGUGGCUACAAAGACGGCGGUAAGGGACUUAUGGACCAGGUCACGCAGGGUCAUGACUUUACAGAGAGUCCGGACAAGAGCAAGGGAGAGGAUGGCGCUUAUGAGCGGUUGUCUGAUCUCAAAAUCCCGGUCUUGAUCGCAAACGGAAGCAACGAUUACAUGAUCCCCACGCCAAACAGCUACCUCAUCUACCAGAAGGUUCCAAAUGGCCAGCUCAUUCUUUAUCCCAACAGCGGCCACGGCUUUCUCUUCCAGUACGCCCCUACCUUCGUCAAACAUGUCGAGACAUUUCUUGAGGGCUAG